UCGGGCCUUGGUUAGACUGUCUGAGAAAGCUCGAACACUGAGCCUGAAUCAGACAGAGAAGGAAAAUAAACUUCACUGCGAGAAACAUCAGGAAGAACUGAAGCUGUUUUGUGAAACUGACAACAAACUGAUCUGCCUGGUUUGUCGAGAUGGGCGGGAACACAAGUCUCACAGCUUCAUGCCGAUAGAAGAAGCUGUUGAAACCUACAAGGAUCAGGUGAAAUCUUCCUUCGAAUCUCUCACAAAAAAGAAAUCAGAGAUCGAGCAAAUGGAGCAGCAACAGAAAGAGAAGAUUUCUGUUGUUCUGGAAGAGUCACACAACCUUCAGACACAGAUCACAUCCCAGUUUGCUGAACUGCACCAGAUUUUCACUGAGAAAGAGCGGCGUGUACUCGCAGAUAUCCGGGAAGAAGAGAUGAAAAUUCGGAACGCAAUGGAGAAAAGGCUUCAAGAGAUUCAAGCAAAUUUAAAUUCCAUCCAAAAGGAACUCUCAACGUUGCAGGAACAGAUAGAUCAAAAAGACAACGGGAUAUUUCUGAAGGAGGCAGCCGGUCGGAGAACGAGGGUUAGUGAUGAAGUUCAUACAUUGUCAGUGACAGAUGGUGCCUUUCCGAUUGAAAAGAUUCAUCACCACUUUGAGUUGAACACGCUGUGGAGAGAAACUUGUGCCAUUCAGCGAGUCUCCGUCACCCUGGAUGUGGAAACAGCGCAUGCGCAGCUCGAGGUGUCUGAGGAUCGGAAGAGGGUGAAACUGACCGGGACCGAGAGGAGUCUCCCUGACUCCGGGAAGAGGUUUACAGGCUGGCAGUGUGUGCUGGGAUUGGAGGGAUUCACAUCGGGGAGACAUUACUGGGAGGUGGAGGUGGCGGGGAGUGAGUACUGGAGACUGGGAGUCGCCGCAGAGUCUGUGGAGAGGAAGGGACUCACACUGACCCCUGAGACUGGAGUCUGGAGCAUCUGGCGGUGGGAUGACGAGUUUGAUGCAUUCACCUCCCCUCGAUCCCGUCUCCCCGCCCGUCCCAUCCCCGGGAGGGUGGGAGUUUAUCUCAGUUACGAGUCCGGGACAAUUUCGUUUUACGACGCAGACACCAAGUCCCAUCUCCACACCUUCACUGGUAAUACAUUCACGGAGAAACUUUAUCCUUUCUUCGGGCCAUGGGAUGGAAACUGGCUGAGAAACUGCUCCGGUUCCGCUCUGGGUGUGUAAAAGGGUCGUGUCCCGGGACCGGCGUCAGGAGCGGGGCUCAGGGGCUGUGGGGCAGAAACCCGGUGGACAACACGUCGGCGCAGAACGAACGGCUCCCAUUUAAUCCUCAAAUUCUGCGUCGUGAAACCCCAGUGAGCGCGGAAAUAAAACCAGGGGGAAUGUAAAUGUGGGAAGAGUGAAAUAAACAG